UCUGGCCCCGCCGCGCGCAUGGAGGCCGCCGCGCUCGGCCCCACAUAACGGGGGUUGCCCAGCCCCGCCAGUGGCCCCGCCAUGCCCGCAGAGCCCCCCCGCCCCGCGCCGCCGCUCCGCGCCGCCCGCCGCAAGCCGCUGACCGAGGGCAGGGCCGUGGGCCAAAGGGCCCCGCUGUGGCUGCGGGCCCGCUUUCAGGCGCUGCUCUUCGCCCUGGGCUGCCGGAUCCAGCGGCACUGCGGGAAGGUGCUCUUCGUGGGGCUGCUGGUGUUCGGGGCGCUGGCCGUGGGGCUGCGGGUGGCCUCCAUCGAGACCGACAUCGAGCACCUCUGGGUGGAAGCGGGCAGCCGGGUGAGCCAGGAGCUACGCUACACCAAGGAGAAGCUUGGCGAGGAGUCCGUCUACACGUCCCAGAUGUUGAUCCAGACCCCAAAGAGGGAUGGGGAGAACAUCCUGACGCAGGAGGCCCUGCAGCUCCACCUCGAGGCGGCCCUUGCCGCCAGCAAAGUCCAAGUCUCGCUGUACGGAAAAUCGUGGGAUUUGAACAAGAUCUGCUACAAGUCGGGUGUCCCCAUCAUUGAGAAUGGCAUGAUCGAGAGGAUGAUAGAGAAGCUGUUUCCCUGCGUGAUCCUGACACCGCUGGACUGUUUCUGGGAAGGCUCCAAGCUGCAGGGAGGAUCAGCCUACCUCCCGGGCCGCCCAGACAUCCAGUGGAGCAACCUGGACCCUCUGCAGCUGAUGGAGGAGCUGGGGCAGUUCACAUCCCUGGAAGGCUUCAAAGAGCUGCUGGACAAGGCAGAGGUGGGGCAGGCUUACAUGGAGCGCCCCUGCCUGGACCCCCGCGAUCCCCAGUGCCCCCCAAGUGCCCCCAACAAGCAGAGCCAGCAGAGCCCUGACAUCCCGGCCGAGCUCUCAGGAGGCUGCCACGGCUUCUCCAGGAAGUUCAUGCGCUGGCAGCAGGAACUGAUUUUAGGUGGCACGACCAAAGACUCCCAGGGCAAGCUGCUACGCCGGUCCCAGCGAGAUGCGUGCCUGUCCCCCAGCGCCGAGGCCCUGCAGACCAUGUUCCUCCUCAUGAGCCCCCGGCAGCUCUUUGAGCACUUCAAGGAUGACUACGAGAUCCAUGACAUCAGCUGGAGCGAAGAGAAGGCAGGCGCCAUCCUGGAGGCCUGGCAGAGGAAAUUCGUGGAGCUGGCACAGGACUCCAUCCCACCCAACGCCACGCAGAGCAUCCAUGCUUUCUCCACCACCACACUCAACGACAUCAUGAAGUCCUUCUCUGACGUCAGUGUCAUCCGGGUGGCUGGGGGCUACCUCCUCAUGCUGGCCUAUGCCUGUGUCACCAUGCUGCGGUGGGACUGCUCCAAGUCCCAAGGGGCUGUGGGUCUGGCUGGGGUCCUGCUUGUGGCUCUCUCCGUGGCCUCUGGCCUGGGGCUCUGCUCAUUGCUGGGCAUCUCCUUCAAUGCAGCCACCACCCAGGUCCUGCCCUUCCUGGCCCUUGGCAUUGGUGUGGAUGACAUGUUCCUCUUGGCUCAUGCCUUCACGGAGACCAGCCAGCACAUCCCCUUCAAGGAGCGAACGGGUGAGUGCCUGAAGCGCACAGGGACCAGCGUGGCUCUCACUUCAGUCAGCAACAUGAUCGCCUUCUUCAUGGCAGCCCUGGUGCCCAUCCCUGCCCUGCGUGCCUUCUCCCUGCAGGCUGCAGUGGUUGUGGUGUUCAACUUCGCCAUGGUGCUGUUUGUGUUCCCUGCCAUCCUGAGCCUGGACCUGUACCGCAGGGAGAAACGUCGGCUUGACAUCCUCUGCUGCUUCUACAGCCCUUGCUCCUCACGGGUCAUCCAGAUCCAACCCCAGGAGCUCGCUGACGCCAAUGACAACCACGCCUGCCACCCAUCCCCUUACGGUCACCCUGGUGUGGCCACCAGCACCCAGAUCACCACCACUGUGCAAGCCUUUACCCGCUGCGACCCUUCUGGCCACCACGUCGUCACCGUGCUGCCACCCACCUCGCAAGUGUGCACCUCACCCGCCGUCCUCCUGCCCCCCACCGACCCCAUGGGCUCGCAGGUCUUCGCCCCAUCCAGCUCCACACGGGACCUGCUGGCCCAUAUGGAUGAGGCUAAGAGUGGAAGGGAAUGUGUCCCGCUGCCCUUCUGCCGCUGGAGCCUCGCUGACUUCGCCCGGGAGAAGUAUGCCCCGCUCCUACUGCGAACCCGGACCAAGGCGGUGGUGGCGGUGCUAUUCCUGGCACUGCUGGGGCUGAGCCUCUAUGGCACCACCAUGGUGCACGAUGGGCUCUACCUGACAGACAUCGUGCCGCGGGACACCAAGGCGCAUGCCUUCAUCUCGGCCCAGUUCAAGUACUUCUCCUUCUACAACAUGUUCAUCGUCACCAAGGGCGGCUUUCAUUACCCUGGUGCCCAAGCUGCCCUGCUCAGCCUGCACCAGGCCUUCAGCACCGUCAAGUACGUGGUGCGGGAGGACAACAGCGACCUACCCAAGAUGUGGCUCCAUUACUUCCAGGACUGGCUGAGAGGGCUCCAGGCCACCUUUGACAGGGACUGGCAAGCUGGGCGCAUCACCCACGACAGCUACCGCAAUGGCUCUGAGGAUGGGGCCCUGGCGUACAAGCUCCUAAUCCAGACUGGCAACAAGAAAGAGCCCUUCAACUUCAAUCAGCUGACCACGCGGCGGCUGGUGGAUGAGAACGGCAUCAUCCCCCCUGAUACCUUCUACAUCUGCCUGACGGUGUGGGCCAGCAACGACCCCCUGGGCUUUGCUGCCUCCCAAGCCAACUUCUACCCACCACCCCCUGAGUGGAUCCACGACAAGUACGACACCACGGGCGAGAACCUGCGAAUCCCUGCAGCCCAGCCACUGGAGUUCGCACAGUUCCCCUUCUACCUGAGCGGGCUGCGUCGCACAGCCGACUUCGUGGAGGCGAUUGAGAGUGUCCGUGCCAUCUGCCGAGAGGCUGCCCAGCGCCACGGGGUGCUGAGCUACCCCAGCGGGUACCCCUUUCUCUUCUGGGAGCAGUACAUCGGCCUGCGCCACUGGUUCCUGCUGGCCAUCAGCAUCCUGCUGGCCUGCACCUUCCUCGUCUGUGCCCUGCUGCUGCUCAACCCCUGGACUGCUGGCAUCAUCGUCUCCAUCCUGGCCAUGAUGGCAGUGGAGCUGUUUGGCAUCAUGGGCCUUAUGGGCAUCAAGCUGAGUGCCAUCCCUGUGGUCAUCCUCAUCGCCUCGGUGGGCAUCGGUGUGGAGUUCACCGUCCAUGUGGCACUGGGCUUCCUGACGGCUGUGGGGAGCAGGAACGUGCGCUCGGCUGCAGCGCUGGAGCACACCUUCGCCCCUGUGAUGGAUGGAGCUGUCUCCACACUCCUGGGUGUCCUCAUGUUGGCUGGCUCCGAGUUUGACUUCAUCAUGAGGUACUUCUUUGCGGUGCUCACCAUCCUGACGCUGCUGGGGCUGCUCAAUGGGCUGGUGCUGCUGCCAGUGGUGCUCUCUGUCAUCGGGCCACCCCCUGAGGCAUCUCUGGUGGAUAACAGCCCCCGCCUGCCCCCGUCAGAGCCGGUGCCCCCGUGCCUGGGCCCUGCGGGUCUCUAUGUCCGCCGUGCCCCAGCCUGGCCUGCCACAUUCCCUGACCCCUCAGACACGGAGCACUACACAGAGGCCAUGGGGCCGGGGAGCCCGCGGGGGCCCUUCAUUGUACCCCCAACCCCAGCACACAUCCUGCUGGAGGCCGGCAAGGACCCCAGCUUCCCCCGCAUCACUGUGCUGAAGCCGUAUAAGGACAGCCCAGAAAUCCAGGGAAAGAAGGAGGCUCCCGGCCCGCAGCCAGCACCCCCAUUGUCCUUUGGGGACCCGUGCCCUGUUCCACCCGGAGAGCACCCACAGCCCUGCCCGCCGGGUGCCCAGCCAGUGCCCCCCGGAGCCCUGCCUGCCUACAGCACCCAUCUGCAGGGCCCUGCCGGCACCUACGCCACCGUCACAGCCACCGCUUCAGUGACAGUGGCCCUGCACCCCACACUGCCCGGCUCAUACCCCAGCUUCAUCCCUGAGGGCUUCACCAGCAGUGAGCGGGACUGCCUGGAAGAGCCCAGCGUGCCCAGCACCAGCAGCACCACCGUGCCCGACACCUUCGAGAUGCAGAGCAUGGGAUGCCAUGGGGCGGGCGCCCGGCGCUAGGUUGCUCCCCAGGCACAAGAGGGUGCAGAGCGGGGUCGCCCGCAUCGUGCUGCUAAUCACCGGAGUGGCCAUGCCCCGGGUCUCGGAGGACUGUGCCCCCCAGUGAGGGGGGCCAGCAGGGCAGGCUGGCACUUCUAUGCAAGCUGUGUGCAGGCCAUGCUGUGCCCGCAUGUCCCCAGCUCGGGGUUGUGCCGAUGGUGCCGCAUCCCCUCACCCAGGGUUUGGGGUUACCCUGCCCCGGGCUUGUUGCCCCCCCCCCCCCCCCAGAAAUGGAAGCACUAACCCCCCCACUCUGUUUCUGGAGCUGCUGGCAGGGCAGGCUCCAUGUCCUGCCAGCUCCCCCCCUGUGGGGUCACUGCCUGCUCCCUGUCACCUCCUCCUGGGACCCCUCACCCGGGCCACAAGCUGGGGUGCCCCAACAGGGCGCUUUGCUGCCCUGGGGUGCUGUGGGCAAGGCCUGGGGUGGGCACCCCCCCACCUUUAUUUAUUGCAAAGGGAAACUAUCUAUAGAGAGAUAUAUAUUUUUAAGCUUAUUUUUAAAGUUUUAUUUCUCAGCCUAUGGCCUCGCCCGGCUGCCCAGCGCAGGCAGAAAGGGGGGACACCCUUUGCCAGUGCAGUGGGAGCCCGGAGCUGGGGAACACACCUGGUUCAUGCUCCCCAGCUCCGUGGGGUGCUGGGUGGCCACAGGCAGCUCCCCUCCCUCUCCAAUUCUCACUGCUCCGUGCCUCAGUUUCCCCACCAACGAUCGCAGGAGGGAUGGAGAUCGGGGAUGUGCCUGAUGUGGUUGCUCCCACUGCACAGGCAGGGGUUUUGGGGGGUGUCCUUGAGGGUGAUCCUUGCCGUGCCAAGCCCCUGAGCUGUCCCACAGUCACAGCCCCUUGUGUCACACACAGGGCAGUGCAUGCUCCCAUGGGUGCCCACACUGCCACCUGGCACAUCCCACUGGAAAGCUCAUUUCUCACCAUGUCCCCAUGCCAUGGGGCUGUCCCUGAGGCCAGCCCCUGUCCCCAUCCCCAUCCCUAUCCCGGGCACUGUCCAUGCCGUUACCCAGCACUUUAACUCCAGCGGUGUUUGCCGUGCCCAUGGCCCUGGUCCCCCCUCAGCCCCAGACACUGGGGUGGCCCUCGGGACCCUGUCCCCGUGCCAGGCGUGGGCACAGCGGGCAGCCCCCCCUUCCCCAACACGCCAUCUAAGUUAUUUAUAUCAAAGAGAGCAAAGGUUUAUUUUUGUAGUUUGUACAGGCGGUAGUGGGGACCGAAGGUUUAUUUUUAAAGAGUAAAUAUAUAUAUUAUAUAUAAAUUA